AUGGAUUAUUCAUACUUCGCUCCGCCAACGCAACCAUAUCAAUUCUUUAGCCUGCCGGACAAGGCAGCCUCUUCGUACACACCACAGACUGAAGUCCACCAAGAUCCUCUCGACGCCUUCAAUGAUCCCUCCACUUUCCAAUUCUUCGACCAAAAUGCAACGUUCGACCCAACGCCUCAAUUUGCUCCACCGCCACCGCCUCCGGCCCCAUCUCAUUCCCCACCCAACCCCUCCAUACCAAGAAUUGCAUCAAUACCAAACAUGAUGAGGUACGACAGUUCAGGAUCAAUGCCCAACGAAACGAAUACAGAGGUCGACUUCGGCGAACAGCAAGGUGGCAGAGCAGGGAGUAGUGAUGACGAGAAGGACAAUCUCACACCCGCUCAGAGCAGGAGGAAGGCACAGAAUAGAGCAGCCCAGAGAGCUUUUCGAGAACGAAAAGAGAAGCAUGUCAAAGAACUAGAGCUGAAGCUCAAAUCAAUAGAGUCUCAAUAUUCGGACAAAGAGAUGGACUACGAGCGUUUGAAACGAGAGAACGACCGCCUCAAGACCCAGAUGGAGAUCUUGCGGGCAACAAGUACACUCAAGAGGUUGCCAGGCCAGCACCAACAGCAACAAUCACAGCGACAACGUCAGCCGAGCGAGGACUCGGCAGACUCUGAUGCUCUAGAGGCUGGCCCGAUGGUCUAUUCGCCCAGGACGUUCAACGCUGCCUUUGCAAACAAAGGAUCAAAUAUUGAUAUCCCCAUGUCACAUCGGAUCGAGGUGUCUUCAACAGGCGAGCGUUUACUUGCUACCGGCGCUGCGUGGGAUCUGAUACACAAUCACCCAUUAUGCAGACAGGGUAAGGUGGAUUUGGGCCAAGUAGUCGAUCGAUUACGAGGUAUUGCCAUAUGUGACGGCACAGGCCCUUCGUUCCCAGAAAGCGGCGUCAUAAAGGUUAUAGAAGAAAGCAUGGGUGUCCCAGGAGACGAGCUCAUUUGA